AUGGCAUCCUCUUCUGAUGUGAGAGCUAUCGUCGCAUUGCCGAUCGUCUCGCGAUCAAAAAUGGAUUCUUUGACCUUUGCUAUGUCGAGACUUAAGUUGACUGAUAGAAUCGACCUCACCACACUACCGUUCGAGAUUCAAGAAAUCAUCUUUCGCCAUCUCUUCGCCGGCCGACGCUUCCACAGAUGUUACCCUUUGCCCAAUCCCAGGGACAAUCCCCCGUCUUCAUCACCAGCAUAUCAAGAUCUGCUGAAAAAGCACCAUGGUCGCUUGCGAACGUUGGACAUAAGUGUCGAGCCACAUCCGACCCCAGCUGAGUUGGAGGCUCAAAUCCCUGAUUGGGGUCUUCCCACCAAGAAAUUCUCUCUCAUCUACAAGCUGUCAGGCGACCGGGUCUUCAAGGAGGAUGCGGCCAGCUAUCUCCACAAGCAUAUCAAGCUCAUCAAUGGACGCUUUCACGCGCGAAGCAAGUUGGAUCGCCUGUGUCUUGAACGUAAUGAAUUUCCUCGAGACAAGGCAAGCCCCGUGGCGGUCAUGCUCACUUGCAAAGCAUACUGUACACGAACACAGAAUGCGAUGCUUCGAUACUCAGUCAUCAACGGAACCAAAGUCAUGUGUGCUUAUGAACGAUAUGGUUACGCAGAGCCAGAACCGAUGGGUCUGCUACGCCAAGCCCGACAUCUGUACUUGAAGACUAGUAUUCAAACGGAUUAUCUUGGUAUCUUCGGUCGAAUGACACAACUGAAGUCGCUGACGAUAGACCUACGAACCAGUGUAAACCGCACACUUACAAAAGAUCAGCACAAUGGUGUUUUGACAAAGCAAGGGCGCCAAGCCGUACGAAGACUUGUGUGGUCUCUAAUAGCAGUGAAACCCUGGAAGGCCGGAAGACCGUUAGGAUACUGGACGAAUGUAAUGGAACUACUUCGGGAAUGGACACUCCGCGAGGGCCCACUCCAAGUCAAGAUUCUUCUCAAAGACACAAUCCGCGUCCCAGAAGCCGGAUCAACGGUCAGUUUACAGCCUCUCUCGCCCGAAAUCUGCUAA